AAUGCAGUUGAACAGGAGUGUGGUACCAACAGCGAGCAGGGUGCCCGCAGCAUCCUGCGCGUGAGUUAUGUCCUAAAUCCAGGUAACAAAAACUGGAUGCGAUAAAAUCAUAAUUGGGUCAUUUUUUCCACAGGCUACCUCUGUCCCUGCCGUCUGCUUGCACGACCGGUCGCUCCUUGUCUGCGUCAUUCUCAGAGGUAUGAAUUUUAACUUCACUAUAACUAUUGCAGCCGUAGUAAAGUAGAGCUUUUCCCGCAGGUCGAUGAUGCUCAUCAGCAGACGCAUGGCCGCAGACGCAUCGCCGCGUCGGCAACCAAAACGCCAUACCCACCGCCUAGCCGUGUAAUCCCAACGGAGGCCCCCACAGACGUGGAAUACGAUGCUGUGAUCGUGGGCGGCGGAAUGGGCGGCCUGGCCACAGCGGCACGCCUGGUCGCUAAGGGUGCGAAGGUGGUGGUCCUCGAAAAGUACUUGUUGCCAGGAGGCAGUGCGGCCCAUUUCAAGCGCGAUGGCUACACCUUUGACGUGGGGUCCUCCAUGAUGUUUGGAAUGGGUCACGAAGGCACCACCAACCUGAUCACCAAGUGUCUGGAGACGGUGGGCCGGAAGAUGGAGACCGUGCCGGACCCCACACAAGUCGUGUACCACCUGCCCAAGUCCGAUAGAUUUCCCAAGGGUCUUCAUGUUUCUGUCUGGCGCAAGUACGAGGAGUUUCUGGAUGAGUUGGCUCAGCGCUUCCCCGCGGAGCGAGAGGGCAUUAAGAAGUUCUACGACGAGUGCUGGAAGAUUUUCAACAGUCUCAACGUGUUGGAUCUCAAGUCCCUGGAGGAGCCGCGCUACCUGCUCGGGGAGUUCGCCAAGCAGCCCCUGGCGUGCCUCACUCUUGCCUCCUUCCUCACCACCAACACCGGGGAUGUGGCACGAAAGCACAUCAAGGAUCCCGAGCUGCUCCGCUUUAUCGACAUCGAGUGCUUCAUCUGGUCCACAGUCUCAGCCGACCUGACCCCCAUGAUCAAUGCGGGCAUGGUGUUUUGCGACCGGCACUUUGGCGGCAUCAACUACCCGGUUGGCGGCGUGGGCCGCAUCGGAGAAGAACUGGCGGAAGGUAUUGUCGAGUACGGCGGUCACGUGGUGUACAAGGCCAAUGUGAAGGAGAUUAUUGUGGAGGGCCCUUUGGAUGGGGAGCGGCGGGCGGUGGGCGUACGGCUAGCUGACGGCCGAGUAUUCAGGGGCAAGACGGUGAUCAGCAAUGCCACGCGGUGGGACACGUUCGAGAACCUGAUAGGCCCGGACAAGCUGCCCGAGUCAGAGAAACUAUUCAGGAAGCGCUUCAAGAAGUCGCCCUCGUUCUUCUCCCUGCACAUGGGCGUCAAGGCCGAGGUGCUCCGCGGCGAGACGGAUUGCCACCACAUCCUGCUCGAGGACUGGGGAAAAAUGGAGGCAGCCAGGGGUGUUCUAUUCGUUUCCAUUCCCACGGUCCUGGACCCUUCCCUUGCACCCCCGGGCCACCACAUCGUGCACGCCUUCACACCUGACUGGAUCGAUAACUGGAAGGACUUGAGCCCAGCCGAGUACGUGUCCGCUAAGGAGCAGUUGGCGGACCAGAUCUGUGAACGUCUUGAAGCCAUCUUUCCGGGCCUGCGUGCAGCAACCACCUUCCGUGAUGCCGGCACGCCACGUACCCACCGGCGCUAUCUCAACCGGGAGGACGGCACCUACGGCCCCAUUCCUUCCCGGAGGCCGCUUGGGAUGCUCUCCAUGCCCUUCAACACCACUGACAUUCGAGGAUUGUACUGCGUGGGGGAUUCCGCCUUCCCCGGGCAGGGGGUCAAUGCUGUCGUGUUCUCGGGCUUUGGCUGUGCUCAUCGUGUGCUGGCCGACCUGGGUAUGGAACCCACCUGGCCCCUGCUGGAUUCGGCGUUCGGGAAGCUGCUUUCCACUGUACGGAAUGCGUCGUGAAAUACGACACCAAAAACCGUACAUUGUAGGGGACGCUUUUGGGCAUUCGGGAUCUGACAGGGAGUCUCCACCUUAAUUAAUAAAACCAAUUAAUGGAGUUUUGGGAAGGGAGGUAUCUUGCUUGGCAUAGCACAGUGAUGUACGACGUCUUCUGUACGUGCAUUUAGGAUGCAGCCGAUGCAGCGCAGUGCGCUGUGCAGCGUAGUGGUCUGUGCCGUGCGCUCUGCGCUGACGUGGUGGCGGAACUAGUAGUCCUAGCGUAGGAGGAGGUUUUCCUUUGAAGGUGUGCGUGUGUGUAUACAUGCUGUGUGUGCAUAUUUGGACACGUAGGCUUGGCGGGCAGAGGCUGCAGCGGAUACAUAUGCACAUGCACAUGUACGGCAACAUGUGCUGGCAAUGGGUGGAAUCGGACGGGGAGCUGGGGCUUAGGUCGGUCGACAGUCCCUUGAAGUUGCCUUCGUAUACUUCAUAUACGCAUGAAAGGAAAUUCAGCAGCU